AUGCACUCUCCCAGCCUUUCCUCCUUCAUCUGCCUCUCGCUCAGCCUCGCCGCUGGUGCCGCACCUGCCACCCCAAUCCAAUCGCAAAAACGCGCCCUCGGCACCCUCAUCGGCGUGCGGCCCGCUCUCGGCCUCCCGAACAAACGCCUCAUCGACGCCGGCAUCCAGCUCGACGCUGCAAUCGGAGUCGACCUCAAGAAGCGACAAUUGGUCGGCCUCGGGCUUGGACCCACCGUAGCCGUUGAGCCCACCGUUGAGGUUGUGCAUUUCAAGAAGCGGCUGCUCGAUGCUGGUGUUGGUGGCGAGGUGGAUGUUGGGGCGGGACUGGGCGUCGAGGUGAAGCGCGGGCUGGUUGAUGUUGGCCUUGGUACCGAGGUCGAUCUUGUGCCGGGGCUUGGGGUUCAUGUAGCGCGCUUGGUGGACGCGGACGUCGUUGGGGAGGUUGAGGUCGCGCCUUCACUCGACGUCGGGCUCGGGAAGCGUCUGCUGGGCCUCGAGCUCGGCGCUGGGGUCGACGUCGAGGCUGAGGCUGACCUGGCCGUCAGGCGUCAGUUACUCGAAGUCGCCGUUCCGGUGGAAGUUGAUGUUGGGGCCGACGUUGGCGUUGAUGUGAAGCGUCAGUUGUUGGACGUUGGUGUUGGGGCUGGUGUUCGCGUCGAGCCUGAGCUCGGUGUCCACCUUUAA